UUUCGAGGAAUUGCUCCUUUUAGUUCCACUAUACCUCAGUGAGAUCCUUUUCGACCCACCUUUUCGUCUUUAAAUUCCCUCUCUCGUUCUUUAGCGUCUUGAGAAGAAAACAGGAUCAACAGAUUUUUACUGAACUGGAUGCAAGGGUUUUCUCAUGGCAAUCUGAGAAUGGCUACUAUCAGAUUUUUGAGACUGCUGCUGGCGAUCCUCGGAGGCUCGCACGUGCUGCGUGCUGACCCUUUAAUUUCGCCCACUGUCAGAAGUGCAGGAGGAUCUAGUUUAGCCAGUGUGGUAGCAGGGAGUAAUAAACCAACAAGAGCGUGGGAUAAACCAUAUUUCGACGAUGUCUCACCGCGAAAUGUCACGGCUAUCGUUGGACAAAUCGCAGAAUUAAACUGCCAUGUUAAACAUCCUGGCGACCGAACGGUUUCCUGGAUGAGAAAAAGGGACCUACACAUAUUAACCUCCUCAAUUUUCACAUACACUGGAGACGCGAGAUUUUCAGUAAAACAUCCUGAAGUCUCUGACGAGUGGAGGUUACGUAUCGAUUACGUACAACCACGAGACGCAGGGAUUUAUGAGUGUCAAGUUAACACAGAACCGAAGAUGAAUCUAGCCUUUAUGUUAAAAGUGGAAGAAAGUGCCCCUGUCCCUGCCACCACACCGAACGCCAUUCGCCGGACGUUCAACUCAGCUGCACAAGCGAAAAUCCUGGGACCAGAAGACGUCUAUGUGAAGAAGGGUAGUACUAUAAGCCUCACGUGCACAGUUAAUGUGCAAAGUACACCCCCGAGUAGCGUUUCGUGGCACCACGGGAGUGCAGUAGUGGAUUUCGACAGUCCCAGGGGCGGUGUUUCCUUGGAGACGGAGAAAACCGAAAGCGGGACGACGAGCAAGCUUUUGGUGACACAAGCCAGAUUGAGCGACAGCGGAAAUUACACCUGCAUUCCUAGUAACGCGAAUCCUGCCAGCGUAAUGGUCCACGUGCUGAAUGGUGAGCAUCCGGCAGCCAUGCAGCACGGUGGUAGCUGUGGUGUGGCUCCAACAAUCCUUCUAGCUACGUUAACUCUCUUAGUGGCAAACUUACUGAGGUGAGCAGUCUUCUUGUGAUAAACCGCGAAUUUGAAGAAAGUUAAUCCAAAAUUUCAAAUGGACGCUAAGAAGACAUCACAAGUUUUCCUAAUCAAAGUAAAAGUAUUUAAAAUUAAAUCAAAGAAUCCUCGAACAGUUUUUGGAUUGGUUUCAAAAUCUUUGAGGUUCAAGUGUUGGGAUUGGAAAAAAAAUAUAAAUAAAACUGUGUGAGGGAAAGUGAUCAUAGUUUGUCUGUGUGUGUGAAUAGCAACGAAAUUUCUUAGGAGUUUUGCCCUAAGAGCAGUUCUCGCAUCUCUUCGAAAUCAGGAUUUAAGUCGACGAAUCGACUACUAUGUACAGUCCAACCUCAAAAAUCAAUACGAUGACGAAAGACAAUCGAGAAACUUCGUGUUAAUGAAAUAAUUUUGUAAGAAAUAUUUAUUGUUACUCUAAUGUAAAUUAUAUACGAUUAUAGGAACCAAAUUUUGAUUUUUUAUCAGAAGAGGAGUAAGCGAUCAAAACUUAGUGAAUCCAUUUUUUGAAAAAAUUGAGAUUUGAAAUAUCUACAAUAAGAAUAAACUUUUGGUGUGCCUGGAAUUGCAACAAAUUUUGGUAAUUUUGGUAAUCUUGAAAAAUUUUGAAAUUUCUGGUAAUGUUAGAAAUUACUGUUCAUAGCCGGAAAUUUAUUAUUUUUAAGAAUUUCAUGCAAUUUAAGAUCUGCAGAAAAUAGCAGGCUUACCACUACUAUAGACUGCCUGAAAAAGAUUUUAUACGCUAGUUUGGAUGUGCAGUUCAAAUUGCACCUCAAAAUCGCAGUAUAAAGUCUUUCUAAGGCAUUUGGUGAAGAUUAUUUAUAUGAAGUGUCAUUUUGCGAAACACAAAAGUAUGUUUAGAUGCGUAAUUCGAACUUCGCAUAAAAACUGCGGAAUACAGUCUUUUUGAGGCAGUUUUGAAGUUUAGACAUAUAAAAUGCCACAUUGCGGAACAAACAAGGCUGUUUUGAUACGAAAGUCCAACUGCUUAUCAAUACUGCAGUAUAAAGUCUUUUUAAGGCAUUUCUGAAGAUAAGUCAUAUAUAGUACCACCUUACGAAAACAGGUUUAUUAGAUGCGCAAUUCAAAGUGUGCAUUAAAACUGGAGUGUAAAGUCUUUUUAACGCAGUUUUGAAGAUUAGUCAUAUAAAUUAGCACUUCACGAAACAAAAAAGUGUGUUUAGAUGCACAAGCCCAACCACACAUAACACUUGCAGUAUACAGUUUUUUAAAGGCAGUUCUAAAGAUAAGCCAUGUUAAGUCUCAAUUUCCAAAAAACAUCUUGUUCAGAUGCGCAAUUCUAACUGCACAUUAAAACUGCGGGAUAAAGUCUUUUUAAGGCAGUUCUGAAGAUAAGCCAUGUUAAGUACCAUUUUACGAAAAAUAGGUUGUUUAGAUGCGCAAUUCUAACUGCGCAUUAAAACUGCGGUAAAAGUCUUUUUAAGGCAGUUUUUGAAGAUUAGUUAUAUAAAUUAGCACUUUACAAAAUAAAAAGUCUGUUCAGGUGCGUAAUUUCAAAAACGCAUAAAACUUCUUUUAUACUGUCUUUUUAAGGCAGUUGUGAAGAUCAGCCAUAUAAACUCCCACUUUACGGAGCAUAAAAGUAUGUUCAGAUGUGCGAUUCGAACUGCACAUCAAAACUGCGGUAUAAAUUCUUUUUAAGGCGUUUUUAAAGAUUACUGAUAUAAAGUAACACGUCAUGAAAUGAAUAAAGGUUCUAACAAACAAUUGUUAUGCAGAUACCAUAAAAGUGAUUUUUGUAUAUUUUAAUUUCAGAAUACAGAUACAUUACGUGAAUAGGUUAAACAUGUAAACACCUUCGGAAAUUCGUGGUAUUAGUUUACUUUGAUUACUUGUAUGCAUUUUGUAGUAAAUCGUU